AUGGAGUCCCCUUCAGCCCCUGCCCACAGAGGACUUGUCCCUAGGCAGGGGCUCCUGUUGGCUGCCUCAUUCCUAACCUUCUGGAGCCUGCCCUCCACUGCCCAGUUCACUAUGGAAUCAGUGCCCCCCAAUGCUGCUGAAGGGAAGGAUGUGCUUCUCCGUGUCCACAAUCUUCCUGGGGAACUUAAAAGAUAUGCCUGGUACAAAGGGGAAGUAGUGGGAAACAAUGAAAUUGUAUCAUAUGUAAUAGAGACUCAAACAACUAUCAAUGGGCCUGCAUCCAGUGGUAGAGAGACAAUAUACCCCGAUGGAUCCCUCCUGCUCCAGAAUGUCACUCUGAAGGACACAGGAGAGUAUAUCCUACAAAUCGUACUAAAAGAUUUUGCUAUCAAACAAGUAACUGGACAGCUUCGUGUAUACCCGGUGUUACCCAAACCGAACAUCACAAGCAACAACUCCAACCCGGAGGAGCACAAGGACCCUGUCAUGUUAACGUGUGAACCUCAGACUGAGAACACCACCUACCUGUGGUUGAUCAACAGUAAGAGUCUCCAAGAGAGUGCCAGGCUGCAGCUGUCCAAGGAUAACAGGACACUCACUUUACUCAUUGUCAUGAGGAAUGACACAGGACCCUAUGAGUGUGAAAUCCAGAACCCCGGGAGUGCCGGCCGCAGUGACCCACUCACCCUGAAUGUUCUCUAUGGCCCGGACACCCCCACCAUUUCCCCCUCCGACUCCCAUUACCUUCGUGGGACAAACCUCAGCCUCUCCUGCCAGGCAGCCUGUAAUCCGCCUGCACUGUAUUCUUGGAUUAUCAAUGGGAGGCCCCAGCAACCCACACAAGAGCUCUUUAUCCCCAACAUCACUGCACAUGACAGUGGAUCCUAUAUCUGCCUCGCCCAUAACUCUAUCACUGGCCUCACAAGGACCACAGUCAAGAACAUCACAGUCUAUGCAGAACAAACCUACCUGAGCUACUCUGUGGGGACCAUCGUUGGUGGCGUGAUCGGGGUCCUCGUCGUGGUGACUCUGGGAGCCUCCCUGGGCUAUUUCCUGUACUUCAGGAGGACUAGGAGGGCCAGUGACCCACGUGAUCCCCAAGAGCACCCACCUCCAGCCACCACCCCUGGCCAGGGUCCAUCUGGAAUAUCUGCCUUCCGGUCCUGUGGAGAAAACGUCCCUCCCUGUCCUCUGAUGCCCUCUCUCCUCCCUACACAGGGCCCCCUACCCGACCCCAAGACUGCAGGUCUCAUCUACGAGGAAUUACUCAACCCAAACACAGAGGUGUACUGCCGGAUCAGCCCCAGAGCAGACAUGGCUUCUUAG